AUGAACGUCAUGAACGUCAUGAACGACUGGCGACAGAUUUCGCCUCCUCGGCGCGAGAUCUUCAACCUCGACGACAUUCGCAACCAGACUAACCAUUUCCUCAAUGUCGUCGCGAGAACAGGUCUAGUCUCCUUCUCCCUUCAAGUCUACCAGCUUCAUGGCCAAUCUACAUGCCGGUACCACCUCUACUUCGACCUCAACGAGAGCCUGCAGUUCCGCGAUUCCCAGGGCGAUGUUGCCAGCAUCCAUGCUCUUGCAAUGUGGAUGGAACCGCUGGAUGAUGGACUGACAGCAGAACUUAGUAUCAGAAUGGUCAUCAAGCAUCGCCCUUUCAUGCAUCCUCUUGCGAGCUUUGAGUUUCCCCUCAAGAAUGCUGGACGCCCUUACUGCCAGAAUCUCAAUCUAAUCGAUAUCAUCAACACUCUUCAGGGAAGCGCGGCGGAACUCCCUGACACGGAGCGCGCCAACUUGCUUCGUUUCAAGUUCUGGAUCACUCAGGAUGGCUUGCGCGGCUAUCGCGAUGUUCUUACCCAGUGGAUGAUCCGCCUCAACAACACCGAGAUUUCUAUCGAAGAUGCUUGGUACGAGGACCCCGAAGAUGUUCUCGAAGACAUCACGUUUGGAAGUAUCAUCGCCGCCUCGCUCACUUCCGACCAAACUAAGGACCUGGAGGACAUGAUCACCGUUCAGAUCGCUCGUAAGCCUGUCCGCCGAGGCCUUUGGCUCGACAGAAACUUCAUUCGGACUACGUUUCAGCACGGUAAGCGCUUGCCGUACGAAGGUCCUUAUGAAUGGCCCUUGAUGGACCUCCACCAAGCCGAUGAGGAAUAA